UCGUCUUGAAACAUUAGAUUGAAAAUGGCCUCCUCAUUCACCAAAAUCAAUCAAAUUUUGUUGAUUUCACUCCUUUUUCACUCAACAAUUAUCCAUGCAACUGAAGAGAUGGAUAAUUUAGAGACAUACAUCGUCCACGUAGAUCCGUCUGACACUAGUCUGGAGGAACUAGAGAGUUGGUACCGUUCAUUUCUUGGCAACUCGAACUCCUCAAGAAUAGUACAUGCGUACAAACACGUGAUCAAAGGCUUUGCGGCGAGGCUAUCGCCUGAUGAAGUGGCAAUCAUCCAAAAAUACGAUGGAUUCUUGCACGCUAGGCCUGAAAGGCAGCUCUCCCUGCACACCACCCACACUCCCAACUUCCUCGGACUGCACCGCGAGUCCGGCCUCUGGAAGGACUCCAACUACGGCGAAGGCGUCAUCAUCGGUGUCCUUGACAGCGGGAUUUCCCCUGACCACCCGUCGUUCAGCGACGAGGGCAUGCCGCCCCCACCAGCUAAAUGGAAGGGCAAGUGCGAGUUUAACACCAGCGCCUGCAACAACAAGCUCAUCGGCGCCAGGUACUUCGUGGUUGGACAGGGGACUCCGCUCGACAUGAACGGACACGGAACUCAUGUCGCAAGCACCGCCGCUGGGAGUUUCGUCGCCGGCGCCAACUCCUAUGGGCAGGCUAAUGGCACUGCUGUGGGAAUAGCCCCGCGGGCUCACAUAGCUGUCUACAAAGUGUGCACCCCUGGGGGUGAUUGCUCUGAGAGCGACACCCUAGCGGCUAUGGACGUCGCUAUUGAAGAUGGCGUCGAUGUGCUUUCUCUCUCUAUAGGAUUUUUCUCGGUUAGGUUCACUUUUGAUCCCGUUGCUCUCGGCGCUUACAGCGCUGUGAAGAAGGGCAUCUUCGUGAGCGCUGCUGCCAAUAACAAAGGACCUUCAUACGGCACGGUGACAAACGAGGCGCCUUGGAUUCUAACAGUCGGAGCAAGUACCACUGACAGAAAAUUACGAGUUGUUGCAUUUCUUGGGAAUAAAGAGGAGAUAGACGGCGAGGCCAUUAUUCAGCCAAACAAUUUUUCGCAGACGCCGUUACCAUUGAUCUAUACCGGAUCUUGCAUUUCUGAGACAUUAAAAGAAAUCAAUGCUCGAGGAAAAAUCGUUGCGUGUGAUUUUAGAAUUAGCGAGGCAUCAGCUUUUUCAUUGGAAGAAGUUCAGGCAGCCGGACUAAUUAUCAUGAAUGACGAAACCGAGGGAGACACCAAAAGGCUCAGCGCUAUCGCUUUUCCGACGGCACUUGUAGGUUAUAGCGAAGGUUUGCGGAUCAAAGCCUACAUAAACUCCACAUCGGACCCCACCGCUGCGAUGUCGUUCAAAGGAACCGUGAUCGGAGACGAUCGCGCUCCCAUCGUCGCUUCUUUCUCCUCCAGAGGGCCGAGCCUGCAAAGCUGGGGAACCCUAAAACCGGACAUUCUCGGCCCAGGAGUGAACAUCCUCGCAGCCUCGCACGUUCCCAUCGAAGGAAACACAAACAGCUUCGCCUUCAUGCCAGGAACUUCGAUGGCGUGCCCUCAUCUCAGCGGGGUCGCUGCGCUGCUCAAAAGCGUGCACCCUGACUGGUCGCCGGCUGCAAUCAAGUCCGCGAUCAUGACUACCGCUGACAUCGUGAACCUCGCGGGGGGUCCGAUAGAGGACCAGACGUUGAAGCCAGCCGACGUGUAUGCCACCGGUGCGGGGCAUGUGAAUCCCUCCAGGGCUACUGAUCCAGGGCUCGUCUAUGACCUUGAGGCCUCAGAUUACAUCCCUUAUCUGUGUGGACUAAUGUACACAGAUAAGGAAAUCGGGAUCAUCACGCAAGAAAGGGUGAACUGCUCUCAGGUAUCAAGUAUACUUGAGACACAACUUAACUAUCCUUCCUUUUCAGUUGUAUUUGGGUUGGAUGUCCAAACGUACACGAGAACAGUGACAAACAUCGGUGAGGUGAAUUCGUCAUACGUUGUGAAGGUGUCUGCGCCUCGUGGUGUUGGUAUUUCUGUUGAACCGGAGAGACUUGACUUCAGUGAGCUGGGACAGAAGCUGACCUACCAAGUAACCUUCACCAGAGAUCUGAAUGGAGACAAGUUUAAUUUUACCCAAGGGUUUCUUGUGUGGAGUUCGACUAUGUACCAGGUCAGAAGUCCGAUUGUGGCAGUGAUGCAGGACUGGAAUUUUCGAGUUUGAGUUUAUUCAUGAAUUAGGGUUUGUGUUAUUUUAGGGUUUGUGUUGUGUGUGCAUUCCUAUGAUAAAUAAAGAAUUAAGAGUUUUUGUAUGCUAGCCUCUGUGUGUGUAUUCCUAUAAUAAACAAAGAAUUAAGAGUUGUUGUAUUUGGGUGUUUGUGUGUCUAUUUCUAUCAUAAGUAAAGUAUUAAGAGCUGUUGUAUUUUAGGGCUGCGUCACUGUGGUUUGUGGUCUGUGUGUAUUCCUAUGAAUCUAUGAUGAAUAAAAGAGCUCAUAUGCAUUAGUACAA